AUGGCUCAUCGAGAUGAUCAACAUUAUCAUCAUAAAAUUCAUUAUGCAUCUAUUUUACCAUCGAAUACAAAUGGUAAUAAUCAUAAUGAAUCACAUAUUGUUAGUCGAAGAUCAAGUGAACAUGAACGAACGAAAGCGCUUUAUCUAGAUUUUGAAGGUGCAUUUCAAGAUGAAACAAUAAAUCAUGAUUAUUUUGGUUUUCAAUCAUCUGAACAUAUUCAACAAAAUUCUCAUCCAUUAGCUAAUUUUCAUCUUCAAUCUGUUGAAACAAUAUCUGAAGUUAAAAAUACAAAUUUUUCACCUUAUCUUCGUUAUCAAGUUUCACGUGAAACUAGUCAUUCAUCAACACCAUCGGAUACACCACCUUUUCAAACACGAUAUAAUCAUCGUUCGAAUCCUUCUCCACUUCUUCCAUCAUCUUAUCAUCAUCAUUUAUCUAAUUCAAAUAAUCAUGAAAAUCUUCAUCAAGAUUUUACAAAUUUGAAAAUAAUAUCUUCGAAUAGUAACAAUGAUUUACCAGCACCAUUCAGUCCUGAUGCUAUUCGAUUAAAAAUAAAACAACAGGAAAUAAAUCCUAAUUCAUCUUCACAAUCAAAAUUAACAUUACCGCAAUAUUUUCUUGUCAAAUAUUUAGGUCGAACACCAUGUGCUCAAUUAUGGGGUGCAAAAGCAGUACGUAAUCCUAUUGAUGAUAUGGUACGUGGUGCUCGACAAUUAUCAUCUAUGAAUGAAAUUCCAACAUUAGAAGCGUGUGUUAAUAAACAUGGUCUUGCAUUAACACAUAGAAAUUCUCCAACACGUAGUAAACAUCAUCAUUCACGUAAUCAAAGUCCCGAACGACAUCAACAUGGUCUUAUUCCUCUCGAUAAUAUUUCUUAUGCUAUGCAUGAUAUUAAAUAUGCUAAAGUAGCAUCUUGUAUUGUAUUACGUCAAUCAAAAACAUCAUCUACUAAUAAUAAGAAUACAAGUGAAACAUUAACUGAAUGUUAUGCAUUCUUAUUUCAAUCAAAAGAAUAUGCACAUAGAUUUGCUCUUGCUCUUGCAGAAGCAUUUAAUACACAAAAACAAUCAACAAGAAUUUCAAGACAAAAUCAUGAUGAAAAAAGAGAAGGACGUUCACCUCAACGUCGUUCAAGACAUCGAAGUGUUCAUCAUCAUGAUAGAAUACGUACUAGUGGCAAAUAUGAUGAUAAUUAUUUAGAAGAUGCAGAAGUGUGA